CGUUUUUUUUUAGGGCUGGCUGCAUCUCUAAGUCUGUGUUUUUUUUUUUUUUGACGAGAUUAUUCGUGUGAUAGCGAAUGGAAGUCAUCCCGAUUGUUGCGCAUCUGUAGAUGCGUUGCAGAUAGAGGACAAGAAGAGUCGUUGAUCGAAGAGGAAGAAGGACGUUUUAUACAAUGGGGAAUCUGAUGAAGGAUUACGACGUGUGGUUUAAAGAUGAAGACCUUGCGUACGAGGAAGAGAUCCUGCGCAACCCGUACUCAGUGAAGCACUGGCUGCGCUAUGUGGAGCACAAGUCGGGCAGCCCCAGUGAGCAGAACCUGGUGUACGAACGGGCCCUCAAGGAGUUGCCAGGCAGCUACAAGCUGUGGCAUGCCUACGUCAAGUCCCGGCUGGACCAGGUCAAGGGCCUGUGUCCCCUCGACCUCGUCUUUGAGGACACCAACAACAUGUUUGAACGCGCUCUCGUCACCAUGCACAAGAUGCCUCGGAUUUGGAUCGAAUACUGCAAGUUUCUCGUGUCUCAGGGCAAAGUGACGAGGACGAGGAAGACGUUUGACAGGGCGUUGCGAGCAUUGCCGGUGACGCAGCACACGAGACUCUGGCCACUUUAUUUGGAGUUUGUGCGGAAGCACGGUGUAGCAGAGACUGCAGUCCGGGUCUACCGACGCUAUCUCCAGGCUAGUUCCGUUUCCUGUUUUAUGGCCCCCGAAGAUGCCGAAGACUACAUAGACUUUUUGAUCUCUAUCGACUGGUUGGAAGAGGCGGCCCAGCGACUUGCCAGUGUUGUCAAUGAUGAGCGAUUCGUGUCCAAGCACGGAAAGUCCAAUCACCAAUUGUGGAACGAACUGUGCGAGCUGAUCUCUCAAAAUCCAGACAAAAUCACCACGUUGGACGUGGAUGGUAUCAUUCGGGGUGGCCUUCGACGCUACACGGAUCAGCUGGGGCAUUUGUGGAAUUCCUUGGCUGAUUACUACAUUCGCUCGGGGCUGUUCGAAAGGGCCCGAGAUAUCUACGAAGAGGCCAUCAAGACGGUGACGACCGUGCGGGACUUCUCUCAGGUCUUCGACGCCUACGCCCAGUUUGAGGAGUUGGCCCUGUCAAAGCGCAUGGACGAGGCGGCCAAGAAAGCGGAGCCGUCGCAAGAGGACGACGCUGACAUAGACUUGCGAAUGGCGCGGUUCGAGGCGCUUAUGGACCGUCGCCCGCUGCUCCUCAACUCCGUCUUGUUGCGUCAGAAUCCACACAAUGUCCACGAGUGGCUCAAACGGGUUGCUUUGCUGGAAGACAAACCCACCGAGGUGAUCGAGACGUUCAUGGAUGCGGUGCAGACUGUGGACCCUAAGCAGGCCGUGGGGAAAGUGCAGAAUUUGUGGAUCGAGUUCGCCAAAUUUUACGAGAAGCACGAGCAGCUGGAGGACGCGAGAGUCGUCUUUGAAAAGGCCGUUCUCGUGCCGUUCGUCAAGGUGGAAGACCUGGCCAACGUUUGGUGCGAGUUUGCUGAGAUGGAAAUUCGGCACGAAAACUACCAGGCUGCCCUGAGAUUGAUGCAACGCGCCACGACGCCGCCGUCGAGGAAGACUGCCUAUUACGACGAGCGGGAGACUGUGCAGAACCGCGUCUACAAGAGCCUCAGGGUGUGGUCUCUCUAUGCCGAUCUUGAGGAGAGCUUCGGCACUUUCAAGACUUGCAAGUCGUGCUACGAUCGGAUCCUGGACCUGCGCAUCGCCACGCCGCAGAUCGUCAUCAACUACGCCAUGUUCCUGGAGGAGAACAACUACUUUGAGGAGGCGUUUAAGGCCUACGAGAAGGGAGUGGCCCUGUUCCGCUGGCCACACGUCUACGACAUCUGGAACACCUACCUCACCAAGUUCCACCGGCGCUAUGGCGGCACCAAGCUCGAGCGGGCCCGUGACCUCUUUGAGCAGUGUCUGGACGGCUGUCCCGCCAAGUUUGCCAAGGAGUUGUACUUGCUGUACGCAAAGCUGGAGGAGAACUACGGACUGGCACGACACGCCAUGGCCGUGUAUGAGCGUGCCGAGAAGGCCGUCGCCGAGGAGCAGCGGUUCGAGAUGUACAACAUCCACAUCCAGAAGGCGGCCGAGAUCUACGGCGUGACCAAGACGCGGGAGAUUUACGAGGCGUCCAUCGAGGCGUUGCCGGACGCGCAGGCCCGCGAGAUGUGUCUCCGCUUUGCCGAUAUGGAACGGAAGCUGGGCGAGAUUGACCGGGCCAGGGCCAUCUACGCUCACUGCUCGCAAAUGUGCGACCCCAGGAUCACGUCGGAAUUCUGGACGACGUGGAAGGAGUUUGAGAUGAAGCACGGCAACGAGGACACGAUGCGGGAGAUGUUGCGGAUCCGUCGGUCCGUGCAGGCCACGUACAACACGCAGGUCAACAUGAUGUCGGCGCAGAUGCUGGCCUCUUCGGGGACGGGGGACGCGAGGACGGUGUCGGACUUGGCCCCGGGGGCGACGGCGGACGGCAUGCGAUUGUUGGAGGCGAGGGCAGCAGAGAAGUCUUCUUCUUUGCCGCCUUCGUCUUCUACCCUGCAGCUGCAUGCAAAGGGAGGAGUGGGCCAGCCGCAGACGGCGACAGGCGAGAGCAAGAUCCUCUUUGUUCGCGGUGGCACGGACACGAGGGACGACGAGGUAGCCAAGGGAUCUCGUGUGCAGAACCCGGAUGAGAUUGAUAUCGACAUGGACGAAGGAGAUGAUGAUGACGAAGAAGAAGGAGGAGGAGAAGGAGAUGAAGACGACGGCGGCGGAGAAGGAGAAGGAGAUGAGGUGGAGAAAACGAAGAAAAAUAAUGCCAAGAAAGAAAUUGGUCUGGAGAAGCGGGCAGUUCCAUCAGAAGUGUUUGGUGGAUUGGCUCCCAAUGAUGACGAAGCGUAGUACUGUAGUGGACUUCUUUCUUCAAUUUUUUUUCUGGUCAAUGCAAUUCGUUGUCCAAGAAAGAAACAAAACAAAAAAAUGGGUUCGUCUUUCUUUUUUUUAUGUUGGUAAUGCGCGCGUUUCCCCCAUUUCCCCGCUCUGCUGGCAUUGUUGUUUGUGUGCUUCUUUUUUUUGGAAGCAGGAUGAAUAGAGUACGUCGGGGUUUCCAGCACCCCCGAGGAAAAACAACGCUGAUGCUUGUCAAUUCAUUUCUCUCUUGGCAGAGUGUUGAGAAUCAAAAAAAAACAAAAAACAAUGUUUUGACAUUGAGCACUAUACUGAAUUUGAUUGCCGCCUUUUUUGACGUUUCUUGCUUUGUUUUCCAGGACUGAAUAAUUGUGGAACUGUGAUCGCGUUAAUUCUCUUCCAUCUUCUCAUUUAGUAGGCCGUCAUUUCUGGAUGCUAUCAAGUGCUCUGCUAUAGUUUAUCCUAUUAUACAGUAUUUAAUAAUGAAAAAAGAAAUACAAUGGGGAAUCAUUCGAAAAUA